AUGCCUCCAAAACCUCCAACCCCAAGCGCCCCAGUUAAAACUGUUGGCGAGAAAUUCAUUGAACUGGCCAAGACAUUACAAUUUGCCUGGUUUUUUGGCCACGUUGUGGUUCUAAUCAGUUCGCUAUUGUUUGUAAUCAGUGGCAAGCCUUUCUUCUAUAGACUUGCGUAUGCUGGUGUAAUUGAAUCGUUUGGCAUCAUCAAUUACCAACACUUCCAUCUGAAGCCAAAAGCCAAGGACACUGAACUGAAUCUAGUGAAUUUGUUGACUAACGAGAAUGUAUUAUACACUAGUUUGUCUGUGUUCUGGUUCCUAACGCCUCCAAUCAGAUUCACACUACUACCAUUUUUGAUUUUUUCUCUCUUCCACUCGUUGAACUAUUUGAAGAACAAUCUCUUACCAAAAGUGUUUUCCAUCAGCGUCGAGAGCAACAACAGGGCUGUUGUGUACAUCGACCAGUUUGUCAAACAAUACAACGAGAGAUGCAUUAGCCUUGUUGGCAGCAUUGAGCUGAAUCUAUUGUUGCUACUAAUAGUAAGAUUUGUGUUUUUGUACUCGAGAUCGUUCAUCACCCUGGCCGUGUACCUGUUAUUCAUCAAGUUGAGAUACGAGAACAGCAAGUAUAUGAAAUCGAAUUUUGCGCAAUGGAGAGUCAGAUUGGACGGUCUAUUCAGCCAUCCUCAGGUCCCCCCUGCCGUGAAACUAUACUAUAGCAAAUUCAAGGACCUACUUUUCAAGGUGUCUGCCUACAACUUAUCCACUCCAGUAGCGUCGCCGGCCAAGAAAGAGUAA